GUCAAUUUCCUAUAUAUAUUUCGAUCUCUUGCGAAAUGAAUGGCAAGCUAAAAACUUUGCUAUAUUUUGCUUCCAAAUCAUGAGGCAAUCAAAACCAAGCAUAUUCUUCUUUCAACUUCCACUUCUCUUCCUGUUUCUCGCAGCCUUUGGCAAUAAGAACAUUGCUUACGGUGGCUAUUUGUACCACACAUGUUCCAGCCCCGACAAUUUCACUUCCUACAGCCUCUAUGCUUCCAACUUGAAACAAGCCCUCGACAAUUUGGCCAACAAUGCCCCCCUCUCCGGCUUCGGCCUCAGCUCCACGGGCGGCCGCGACUCGCAAAACCAAGUGAACGGCCUUGCUCUCUGCCGCGGGGACAUCGCCCCGGGCGAGUGCAAGGACUGCGUCGCCGCGGCCAGCCGCGAGGUCCAACAGCGCUGCCCGCUGAAGAAAGGGGCAGCCAUAUGGUACGACACAUGCCUGUUGAAGUACUCCAACGCCAAAUUCUUUGGGAAGAACCAAAACGGGGGGUUCAGGUUCUACAUGUGGAACGUGCAGGAGGCGAGCGAUCCGGCGUCGUUUAAGGAGCAGGUGAAGAAGUUGCUGAGUGAUUUGUCUGAGAAGGUAAAGGAAUCGAGGAAUAUGUAUGCGAUUGGGGACGUGGAGAUUGAGGGGUCGAAAAAGGUGUAUGGGUUGGCGCAGUGCACUAGAGAUUUGUGGACGGCUGAUUGCAAGAAGUGUCUUGAUGAUGCCAUUGGUGAGCUUCCAAGUUGCUGUGGGAAUGGUGCUAAAGUUGGGGGAAGAGUGGUUGGUGGGAGUUGUAACUUUAGAUAUGAAACUUACCCCUUCUUUACUGUCUAGAAAUUAAAUAAACUACCUUAUCAUAAUCAUAAAGUAAUGUAAUAAAUCUUAUGUGUUCGGUGUUUU